UCAAAAUAAGAUCGUUUUUUGCGUCCCGUUGCUCGCCUGCGCACCACAUGAGCGCACAAUCCUCACCCGGCUUUUAUUUUGAAAUCAGGGUUAUUGCCCGGUGUUCGCCUGAACCCUGCACCCGGCAAGGGUGUUCCUAACCCCGGAGUGGAGCGAGGAGCCUGGAGCCCCCCGGAUGCAGAGCCCCCCGCCAUGAGGCUGCGUUUCGCCGGAGCCGUGCUGCUGUCAGCGGCCGCCUACUACGUCUACUUGCCGCUGCCGAGUGGCGUGGGUGAGCCGUGGAAGCUGAUGCUGCUGGACGCCCUCUUCCGGAGCUUCUUCCACGCGGGCGACGUGGCUCAGGCGCUGGGCGUGUGCCACCGCGUGCACUUCCUCAACAGGGUGGUGUCCUGGGUGGAGGUGAUCGAGGCGCGCCCCGGCCCCACCGUGGACGUGAGCGACGCCACGCUGGGCGGCGUGCCGGCGCGCGUCUUCCGGGCCAAAGGGGGCGGGGACCUCAAAAGGGGGAUCGUUUACUUCCAUGGCGGAGGAUGGAGCCUACUCAGCGCACGGAUGCGCUCCUAUGACAGUCUGUGCCGCAAGAUGGCGGAGGACCUGGACGCCGUGGUCAUGUCGGUGGACUACCGUCUGGCGCCAGAGGCCACGUUCCCGGAUCAGUAUCAUGACGCGUUGGCGGCGGCGCGGGCCUUCCUGUCCGAUCAGGUUCUGGAGCGCUACCGCCUGGAUCCGGAGCGGCUGUGCGUCUCCGGAGAUAGCUCCGGAGGAAACCUGGCGGCGGCAGUGGCACAGGAACUGGGCUCUGAUGGCGGUCUCACGGCGAGGUUCAAGGCUCAGGCGCUGAUCUACCCGGUCCUUCAGGCCCUGGACUUCCACACGCCGUCCUACCAGCAGAACCAGGCGGUCCCCAUCCUCUACAGACCCCGCAUGGCCCACUUCUGGCUCCUCUACCUGGGCGCCGACCCCUCCCUGGAGGCGGUCCUGCUCGCCAACAACCACAGCGCCCUGGACCAGCCCGCCAUCACCGCCGCCACGCGCUCCAAGCUGGACUGGACCGCCCUUCUGCCGAGCGCACGCAAAAAGAGCUUCCUGCCGGUCCUGGCGGAGAGGGGAUCGCCCGGGUUGCUGAACGAGGUGCCGGCGCUGCUCGACGCCAGGGCGGCGCCGCUGCUGGCGGAGCAGGCGGUUCUGGGGAGGACGCCGAAAGCGUACGUGAUGACGUGCGAGUUUGACGUCCUGAGAGACGACGGGUUGAUGUACGCCAGACGACUGCGGGACGCCGGCGUCACGGUCACCAGCGACCACUACGAGGACGGCUUCCACGGCUGCAUGGCGUUCGCUUAUCUGCCCGUCAUGUCCGGCGUGGGGCACCGCAGCAUGGAGAACUACAUCCGCUGGCUGGACCACAACCUCUGAAUCAACCUUUUACACUGACGGACAAAUCUAAGGACGCGGGGGCCAUUUUGGUGGGAAUCACCCUCGAAACCAGUACGAUAUCUCGUUUUUUUUCUAAGAACUAGAAAAUGCAAUUUCGGUAGAGAUUUUUGUGUCGUUGCUAAAGAGCCAACAAAGAACUAAAAUGCUAACGUUAGCACGCUGGCUAGAUAGCGUCAAGUAGCAAAAAUAUGAGCUCAAAAAAAGCUGUCAUGCUAACAGUACUAUAUUGACAUGCUAACAAUAGCAUGCUUAGAAUGAAAUACCAAAAUAUAUGCCACUGAGGUGUAUAGCUGCUAAAUUAGCUAAAAAAACAAAAGCUAUCAUGCUAAAAUGUUAACGGUAACAUAUGUCAAUUACCAAAAUAUUUUACUUUGAGGUGUGUACCUGAAAAAUUGGUUUAAAAUGCUAUUAUGCUAACGUUAGCAUGCAUCAAGUUACAAAAUAUGAAUAAGGGUACACCUACAAAAUUAGCUAAAAAAAAGCUAACCUACUAAGUAUCGUUAAACAAGUAACAAAAUAUUUGACGCUGAGGUGUAUACCUGUAAAAUUAGCAAAAAAGCUAGCAUGCUAAAAUGUCACCUGUGGCAUACGUCAAUUACCAAAAUAUUUUACUCUGAGAUGUUUACCCGAACAAUUGAUUUAAAAUGCUAUCAUGCUAACGUUAGCAUGCAUCAAGUUACAAAAUAUGAAUAAGGCGUACACCUACAAAAUUAGCUAAAAAAGCUAGCAUACUAAGUAUCGUUAAACAAGUAACAAAAUGUUUGACGCUGGGGUGUAUAUCUGUAAAAUUAGCAAAAAAGCUAGCAUGCUAAAAUGUUACCUGUAGCAUACGUCAAUUACCAAAAUAUUUUACUCUGAGGUGUUUACCUGAACAAUUGGUUUAAAAUGCUAUCAUGCUAACGUUAGCAUGCAUCAAGUUACAAAAUAUUAAUAAGGUGUACACCUACAAAAUUAGCUAAAAAAUCUAGCAUACUAGGUAUCGUUAAACAAGUAACAAAAUAUUUGACGCUGAGGUGUAUACCUGUAAAAUUAGCAAAAAAGCUAGCAUGCUAAAAUGUCACCUGUGGCAUACGUCAAUUACCAAAAUAUUUUACUCUGAGAUGUUUACCCGAACAAUUGAUUUAAAAUGCUAUCAUGCUAACGUUAGCAUGCAUCAAGUUACAAAAUAUGAAUAAGGCGUACACCUACAAAAUUAGCUAAAAAAGCUAGCAUACUAAGUAUCGUUAAACAAGUAACAAAAUGUUUGACACUGGGGUGUAUAUCUGUAAAAUUAGCAAAAAAGCUAGCAUGCUAAAAUGUUACCUGUAGCAUACGUCAAUUACCAAAAUAUUUUACUCUGAGGUGUUUACCUGAACAAUUGGUUUAAAAUGCUAUCAUGCUAACGUUAGCAUGCAUCAAGUUACAAAAUAUGAAUAAGGCGUACACCUAUAAAAUUUGCUAAAAAAAAAGCUAGCAUACUAAGUAUCGUUAAUUACGUAACAAAAUAUUUGACGCUGAGGUGUAUACUUGGCAAAAAAGCUAGCAUGCUAAUAUUAAAAUGCUAACGAUUGUUGAAAAAUGAGCUACAGUUUGGCCAAAAUGAAGCAAAAGCAAACAUCUAUGACGUCAUCGCUGUCUGGCGAUGAUGAUGACAUCGACUUGCACAAAUCUUUGAUUGACAGAUGCUGCCUGCAGCCAAGAUCAAAACCCUGAUUAAAAACUCACAUCAACAAAAACUGUUGACAAAGUAAACCCGACCCAGAAAAUGAUUGACACUUUCUUUUAUUCCAUUACUGGAAGCUUCCGCCUUUUAUUUUAAUUUUUUUCGUUUUCCUUCUUUGUCCGAGUUGGCCUUUAACUUGGAACACUUCAUGUCAAAAAUGAAACAAUGAGCCAUGGAAAUAUGCUUUGAUGAACACACACACACACACACACACACACACACUUACACACACACUCAUAUACAUACAGAACACACACUCAUAUACACACACACGUGCGCGCACACACACACAGACUCAUAUACACACAGAACACACGCACACAGUCAUAUACAUACAGACACACAAAACAC